UGGACAGGGCCCCCUCAAUUAGUCCUGCUCCACUGUCCUCAGAGAUCAAAGCAAAACCAAAAGUGAAGAGCUAAAAGACAGGAGUUUCCAGCUCUUCACUGGAGGAGGUGUGAGGGUCCAGGCCCGGAGCUUACUUCCCUGGGGUCCUGAGAAAGGAGGUGCUGGCGACCUCCGGGAGUCAAAGGAAGAUACAGGGACCAGAAAAAGCCAGCUAGCCCCCACGCUGGUGCUUUUCCAUAGAACUAGAAACAGGGUCAUUGCCAAGGCUCUUUCCAGCAAGAGAUCUCCCCACCCCCACCCUCAUCCCUGUCUCUGGCUGCCUGCACUAGUGACAGCGACAAGGGGGGGUCACAGUCAGUGGUGGGCUGUACAAGCGAGUUCCGGACUUCCGAGAGGCGCAGCCAAACAACGCUUCCCCUCACCCCCAUUUCCAUCCCCACCCUAGGCUGCCGGGGAGGCUAGCGGUCCGCCCCUGGGGACGGGCGCACCCCACUCGCAGCCAUGUCCGCGGCCGUGGUCGCCACGCUCCCUACUCUGCUGCUCCUGCUGGGCCACACUGCUGCUGAUUGUCCUUCUUCUACCUGGGUUCAAUUCCAAAGCAACUGCUAUAUUUUUCUUCAAAGAACAGUAAAAGUAGAAAACAUUGAGGAUGUAAGAAAUCAAUGUACAGACUAUGCUUCAGGAGCAGAUAUGAUUAGCAUCCAUAAUGAAGAAGAAAAUGCAUUUAUACUGGAGACUUUUAAAAAACUAUGGAAGGCUCAGGAUGAUAUUUUAUUAGGAAUGUUUUAUGACAUCGAUGAUGAAAGCUUCAAAUGGUAUGACAAGUCUAAUAUGACAUUUAACAAAUGGAAACCCUCAGAAGAAGGUCAAGAUCUAAUAGACACAUGUGCUUUUUUUCAAACCAAGAGUGGUAUAUGGAAAAAAGGAAAUUGUGAAGUUUCUUCAGUGGAGGGUGCCCUGUGUAAAGCAGCUGUUUCUUAUGAAAAGAAAUACUUACCAGAUAACCAUAUUUUAAUAACAGCAUUGGUGAUUGCCAGCACCACAAUCCUGACAAUUACAGGAGUCAUCGUUUGGUUCCUAUACAAAAGAAAUCUAACUUCUGGCCUUACAAAUACAGCUUACACAACAGCACCUCAACUUUCUUAUAAUGAUGACUGUGUUUUAGUAGAUGCAGAAGAAAAUGAAUAUGUUGCUUAAUUUCCAGAGAUGGGCGGGGGAGGAUACAUAUAUCUCUCUAUAUGUAUCUCAAAAGCAGUAUUUUGAAUAGCAAUCCAAACGUAAGCUCCUAAGGGAAUAAGGUGUGUUUUUUUUUAAUUACAAAACCAUUUUCCUAGGAGCUAAAAACAUUUCUGCUUAUUGUCAGGUCUAUUAGAAACAUUACAAAUAAAAAAAAAAAUAGAGCUUCAAAAUAAAGGUAUAGGGUAGAAUCUGAAGAAAUCAUCUCAUCCAAAGCCCACAUUUUUCAGUUGAGGAAAAUUAAAACAGAUGAUGUGAUGACCAAAAGCCAGUUACUCGUUUGAAAAGGAAAAUACUUAAGUUAUAUGCAUAUCUAAAGCAACUGCAGAUUAUAAACAUUAAAUAUUAUUAUAAAAAUGAAUUUUAAAAAUACAUAAACUUCUUAUAUCCAAAUACAUGCUUUCCAUGGCACCUAUUUAUAGAUCUCCUAUGUACAAUACACUUCUGUGACAACACACUAUAGGUAGUAUCAGAGCUGAGAUUUGAACCCAAGAUCUGACUCCUGUUCUUUCCACUAGGUUUAGAUGACAAAACAGGCAAAGAAAUUGGUCUCAUCACUUACAGAUUACUUUUUCUUUCUGCACUCACUUUAUUUACAAGGCAUGAAGAUUAUGUGUGACUCACAUGAUGGAAACUCAUGCCCAGAUAGCCCAGGUAAGAAAGUCAGAAUUUGCAAUCAGAAGCCAUCUUUAAAUCCAGUACUUGGCCCUGCAUAACAUUUAGCUGUUUCUAAAAAUCAAAGAGCAAAAAUAUACUACCAUUCUGAAUAAAAGAAUAAUGGUUGCAGUGGAAAUUCCAAAAGAAAAUUAAGUAAUCUCAGCAUUAACUAGUGAUUAGCUUUCCAAGGUGUCUACCAUGAGGGGUGCCAUGAUCCCAUCAUAAACAGGACAAACACUUAAGUCAGGUUUGAUUUGUGGACUGUACAGGGCACUUUUAAGUUGCUGAGCCUAAAACAGCAAGGAUACUGUAGAACUUGGCAACUGUGGGCACACCCAUGUUUUCAUAUGAAAAUAUAUAUGCCUUGCCAGCAGAGUGACUUGUGUGGUCCCCAGACACCCACUUGGCAGGAGCUCUUCCUAGGUGGGUCUUUCUGGCCUCAAAGGAAAGUGCAUUAAAGGAGGCAGGGGCCAAUGAGGUCCUGGGGCCAGUGCAGUUGCCUUUUAGGAAAACGAAUCCUUGCUUUGGGGAAACUGAAAUCCUGGUCGUAUCACACAUGCUGGAACUUUUGGUAUUCUUUAUGAAAUACAUAAACCCCACUUACUCAUACCAUUGUUUACUGCAUCUGUAGAAGCUAACAUUUACAAUGUAAACUUAGCCUAUUAAAUUGAGGAAAUUAAGCAUUUAUAGAAUAAGCCCAAGAUUGUGACAAGUAGUCCUGACAAUUCCCUUUUGACUUAAGAUUUACAGAAUGUUAGCAUGAGAAAACUUAAAAGAUUUAGGCUCAAGCCCUUCAAUUUUUACAGAUGAACUGAAACCCUAAAUGACUUUCUCAGGCACAAGUUAGUGGGAGAAUAUUGCACAAAAAUAUUACUUCGUAUUUCAUUCUGGUGAAGCCACUUAGCUUUCCUGAUGACUGCUAGGGAAUCCCUCCCAUUCCCCUUCUUUUGGUACAUGUAUAAAGCCUGCAGAAAUGUGAAGGGGAAGAUUGGGCUAUUGACAUGGCCUAUGCCAUGGGGGCUUGUCCUCUUCUUCCACUUCUUCCAAUAUGGCUUGUUGAUGGCGUCAAGGGGAAAACCAGAGGAAAGAAAAACCUGAUCCUGCAGCUUCAAAACACAUGCUUGAACCCAGCCUUGCUUAAGGCUGCACAAUCAGAACCUAUGCCUCAAAAUGAGGGUUGCUAACCUGGGGUCUAUGAAUUUGCAAAAAAUUUACUAUUUAUUUAGUUCCUUUGCAGACUGAAAAUUUAGCUGUAUUUUUUUCUUGAAUUCAACAAUGAAUCUGUGCAAUGGAGUCACACAAACCAUUCUCUAUGCUCAGAAAUGUGUUAUCUCAGUCUCCCAGAAUUCAUGCCUUCCUUUCCAAUUUCAAGUGAGGUGGCAAAUAAAUCACAUGAUGUUAUAGGAAGGGACCUAGAAACUCCUCUGGUCUAAUCCCCUUUAUAAAAUUUUGUUGUUCAAUCAUUUCAAGUCUACUCUGACUCCUUUUGGGGUCUUCUUGGCAGAUACAGGAGUCACUUACCAUUUCCUUCUACAGCUCAAUUUAUACAUAAGGAAAAGUUAAAUGCAGAGGCUAAGUGACUUAUCUAAAAUACAGGUACUUAAAAUGGCACUAAAAUUCAAACUCAGGUCCUUUUGACUAAAAAUUCAACACUUUCUAUGUACCAUUAUGCUUUCCCUAACUUCUCUGUGUAUGUAGUCCCAUCCUCCUCAACAGUCAAGCCUUUUAGGAAAACUAAAAUCCUGGUUUUGGAUGACACAUCCAUAAGUUAACAUUUUGUGAUACCAGAAAUAAAAAUAAAAUCAAAUAAACUUAAUUUUAAAAGGAAAA